AUGGCCUCUACCCAAUUCAUCUUCUUUGCCAUUCUAGCCAUUCUUGCCCCUUCAAUCUUGGCCAAAGAGAUUAAAGUUGGUGAUGACAAGGGUUGGACUAUUAACUUUGAUUAUCAAGCUUGGGCAAUGGGAAAGGAGUUCGUUGUUGGUGAUAAACUCGUUUUCAUCUACCCACAGGGAAACCACAAUGUCAUUAAAGUGGAUGGCUCUGGCUUCCAACAAUGUGUGGCACCUGCUAAUACCGAGCCUCUGACCACCGGAAAUGAUGUGAUUAACUUGACAAGUCCGGGACAAAAAUGGUACAUCUGUGGUGUUUCUAAGCAUUGUGAGAGUGGAAACCAGAAGCUUGCCAUAACAGUGGCAGCUGAGUCUUCUUCUUCUCCUCCAUCAGCAGUAAUGGGAAGCGUUACGUUACUGGCUAUUAUAAGCAUCAUUAUGAUGAUGAUGGUUUAA